GAGGCACGUGUGCAGUCCCGGAAGCGGCCGGGGGAAGCUGCUCUGCGAGCGCUGCUGGAGGAAACGCUGCCGGGUCCGCUCCGCUCUGGGUCCGGCUGGGCCAUGGAUUCCAUGUCUGAGCUCGCGCCCCGCUGCCUCCUGCUUCCCUUGCUGCUGCUGUCCUUGCUGUUCCUGCCUGCCCCGAAGCUGGGCCCGAGCCGCGCCCGGGCGGAGGAGACCGACUGGGUACGAUUGCCCAGCAAAUGCGAAGUGUGCAAGUAUGUUGCAGUGGAGCUGAAGUCAGCUUUUGAAGAAACUGGGAAGACCAAGGAAGUGAUUGACACAGGCUACGGCAUUCUGGACCGAAAGGCCUCGGGAGUCAAGUACACCAAGUCGGACUUACGGUUAAUUGAAGUCACUGAGACCAUUUGCAAGAGGCUUCUGGACUACAGCCUGCACAAGGAGAGGACUGGCAGCAACCGGUUUGCCAAGGGCAUGUCGGAGACCUUUGAGACGCUGCACAACCUGGUCCACAAAGGUGUCAAGGUGGUGAUGGACAUCCCCUAUGAACUGUGGAACGAAACUUCUGCUGAGGUGGCUGACCUCAAGAAGCAGUGCGACGUACUGGUGGAAGAGUUUGAAGAGGUGAUUGAGGACUGGUACAGAAACCACCAGGAGGAAGACCUGACUGAGUUCCUCUGUGCCAACCACGUGCUGAAGGGAAAGGACACCAGUUGCCUGGCAGAGCGAUGGUCUGGCAAGAAGGGGGACAUAGCUUCCUUGGGAGGGAAGAAAUCGAAGAAGAAGCGCGGUAGGGUCAAGGGCUCCGGUGACAGCAGCAAGCAGAGGAAGGAAUUGAGGAGCCUGGAGGGGGAUGCCAGCCCCGAGGAGGAGGAAGGUGUGCAGAAGGCAUCCCCACUCCCACAUAGCCCCCCUGAUGAGCUGUGAGCCCAACUUCAUGUCCUUGAAUCAAGACCCCUGACUUCAGAGCUGAAGAGCAUGGGACACAGUUCCAGCAAGGAGGCUAUUGUUCGGCUUCAGGUCUCUGACCUUGACUGUGCCCUCUUCUUGCCCUGAGCAACAGCAAGAAGUGGACUGAGACCCCACCCCCAAAGGGAGGAGGGGGAGGUAUGCAGAAGGCAGCUCUCUCUCUACACAGCCCUCCUCAUGAGCUCUGGGUCCAGCCCAGCAUCCCCAGACUGAGCCCCUUGACUGUGAGGCUGAAGAACACAAGGCACAUCCGAUGCCUCCUCCAGCGCCAGGGCUCCGACUCACCUGCACCCUCUUCACCAGGAUGGGCACGGCCCCAGGAAGGACUUAGCGCAGUGUGGCAGCCAGCCCUGCCUCUUUGUCCACCAACCGUUCUCUUCUGCUGGCUCCUUCGUCAGGGCAUGACUUUCAGAACUUUUAGGAUGAGCUCAGCAGUGUGGCACAAGGCGCCAGACCUCGAGCCCCUCCAGAACCGGCGGAGAGGGCACCCCCUUGACCCCCCAGGGAAGCAAGACUGCAGCUGCAGCGGCUCCCUCACUCCCGAGGACUCUGGUCCCUGGGUCCUCUUCAGCCUUCAGAGUGUUCCCUUGUUGCUCUUUUCUGCCUGUGUCCCCAGUCCUGGGGCUGGGAAGGUGGCACUGCUGCCACCCUUAUUGGAUGCCAGUUACUAGGAGGAGCGGGUGCUGAAAAUGCCCAGGGUUGGUUUGGGUUAGAGCAGUGGUUCUCAGCCUUCCUGACGCUGCGACCCUUUAAUACAGUUCCUCACGUUCUGGUGACCACCCCACCCAUAAAGAUAUUUUUAUUGCUAC